GCGACCGAGAAGGGGAUGUUGUGAUCUUCCAGGCCGGGCUCGCUAGGGUGCUGAGUCGUUGAGACUCGGACCCUGCUCAAGGAGUCCUUGCUGCGAGCCUAGCAUGGCAGCACCCUUGAUACCCAUGCGUUCCUGCAGCAUAGUCGGUGUCGAGCUCAGCCCGGAGGCAUUCAAGAGGCAUCGGCAUUAAGGAACGUGCGGCCGAAACUGCACGAUCAUUUACCAGGGAGCUACGCGAGGAUGCGCUUACGAUGUGGCUGUCGCUAGAUCAUACAGCCCACCAUUGCAUUGGGUGCCGCUUGCUCCCCGGUAGCUUGGCUACGCAGGGUGCUGGAAUUGCAGAGCUUGUGAUAUCCCAGGCUACCGUGCUUUCGACCCUCCGAACGGCAGUAUUCACUACCAAAUCGGUCGAAAUGCAACUCGGUACUGGGAAGGUCUCGGCAGAAGUAGAGAUGUCCAGGCCCGGGUGCCGCACUGCAAGGGCCGCAGCAUGGCGCUGCUCACACAUCCCGAGGAAGCCGGCUUCAAGCCCACAACGGCACCGCACCGCUUCGCACAACGGCGUGUACCGCGCGCUAUCAAACCUUGGCAUGCGCCAGUUCCCGCAUCCUACUGAUCCCUCUCACUUUAUAGUCGACGCCAAUCACGGGAGAUAAUGUCCAGACCCUGCAGGAUGGUGCCGUCCACCGGCAUUUCCACUAAACAAGGCCUGCAGGCUGCAGCCGACCCAGGGCACAACGGCCAUGAGAUGCAUGGAAGCAAUCGAGAACGGAACAGGCACCUCGGCAU